AUGCGUGCACAAAGGCUGCGGCAAAUCCUUCACCGACCCUCCAACCCACCCUGCAUCUAUCAUCCCGGCCCGCCCGAAUUUCACGAAGGCCAAAAGGGCUGGAAAUGCUGCAAGCCACGCGUCCUCACCUUCGACGAGUUCCUCACUAUUCCCCCUUGCACAACUGGCUCACACAGCGCCGUCGACGAUGGGCCGAAGGUCGAGUUCAGCGAUACGAGCCAGAUUGGGGUCGAGGAGGUGCAGCCGAAAGAAGAGGAGCCAGUCAGGAAGGUGCGGCCGUUGACGGAGCGGGCGAAGGAGAGUAUGGCUGCGAGUGUUGCGGCUGCGGGUACGAGUGGUGCGGUGGUGGGCACGCCUGAGAGUGGGACGCCGCAACCGGGCCAGCAGGUAGUGGAGGAGGAUAGCGAUGAUGAGGAAGAGUCGAUAGCGGAAGGAGUGACGUGUAAGCGGAAGACGUGCGGAGAGACCUUCAAGGGCGGCAAGCGAAUGAGGAGUGAGGAGAAGUGCAUAUUUCAUCCUGGUGUGCCAGUGUUCCACGAAGGCAGCAAAGGGUACACGUGCUGUAAGCGGAGGGUACUGGAGUUCGACGAGUUUAUGAAGAUACAGGGCUGCAAGGAGCGAGAAGGACACUGCUUUGUGGGCAAGCGGGAGAAGGCGAGAGAGGCGGAGAAGCGGGCUGCUUCCAAAGCAAGUGGCGGUACAGGAGAGGAAGCUGUGGAGGAGGUGCGGAACGAUUUCUACCAGACGCCAUCGUCGGUGAUUGUCAGCUUCUUUCUGAAGAAGAUCAAGAAGGAUGAGGCGAAAGUUGUGUUCGGUACAGAGACGGCAGAAGAAGGCGGCAAUGGCUAUGUUGAUCUUGACCUGCCCACAGCAGACAACAAGCGCUUCACGAAACGAGUGGUGUUCUGGUCAGAUAUCGACCCAGAAAAAAGCGCCUACAAGGUCCUCGGAACGAAGCUGGAGCUGACGGUAGUCAAAGCCGGUGAUGGACAGACGGGCUGGCCAGUAUUGAGGAAAGGCGAUCGGGAAACUGGUGAGCGGAUACAGGUCGGUAGAGCUGGGCGAGCUUGA